UGCAGCUACGGCGGCGGUGAUCCUCACCAGACAGAGCAGCGCGCUAAGCGACCUGGUCGUCUUCUUUGACUUUUUCCUUCUAUAUUCCGUAUUUGUAGGUAUAUAUAGAGAUACGGCUGUAGCUCUAGAAUUAUAUCCGAUAUCUGAAUUGAACUAAGAUGAUGUUAAGGGGAAACCUGAAGCAAGUACGCAUUGAGAAAAACCCGGCCCGCCUUCGAGCUCUUGAGUCUGCCGCAGGCGAGAGCGAGCCAUCGGCCGCCAUGGCCCUCGCGCUGGCGGGGGAGCCGGCACCACCUGCCCCGGUGGCUCCGGAGGACCACCCCGAUGAAGAGAUGGGAUUCACCAUUGACAUCAAGAGCUUCCUCAAGCCGGGCGAAAAGACGUACACGCAACGCUGCCGCCUCUUCGUGGGGAACCUGCCCACAGAUAUCACGGAAGAGGACUUCAAGAGGCUCUUCGAGCGCUACGGCGAGCCCAGCGAGGUCUUCAUCAAUCGGGACCGUGGCUUCGGCUUCAUCCGUUUGGAAUCCAGAACACUGGCUGAAAUUGCAAAAGCAGAGCUGGAUGGCACCAUUUUGAAGAGCAGACCUCUCCGAAUUCGUUUUGCUACACAUGGAGCAGCCCUAACUGUCAAGAACCUUUCGCCGGUUGUUUCCAAUGAGCUGCUAGAGCAAGCAUUUUCCCAGUUUGGUCCUGUAGAGAAAGCCGUUGUGGUUGUGGAUGAUCGUGGUAGAGCUACAGGAAAAGGUUUUGUAGAAUUUGCAGCAAAACCUCCUGCACGAAAGGCUCUGGAAAGAUGUGGUGAUGGGGCGUUCUUGCUAACAACGACCCCUCGUCCAGUCAUUGUGGAGCCUAUGGAGCAGUUUGAUGAUGAAGAUGGCUUGCCAGAGAAGCUAAUGCAGAAAACCCAACAAUAUCAUAAGGAAAGAGAACAGCCACCACGUUUUGCUCAACCUGGAACCUUUGAAUUUGAGUAUGCAUCUCGAUGGAAGGCUCUUGAUGAAAUGGAAAAGCAGCAGCGUGAACAAGUUGAUAGAAACAUCAGAGAAGCCAAAGAGAAACUGGAAGCAGAAAUGGAAGCAGCUAGGCACGAACACCAAUUAAUGUUAAUGAGGCAAGAUCUCAUGAGGCGUCAAGAAGAACUCAGACGCUUGGAGGAACUCAGAAACCAAGAGUUACAAAAACGGAAGCAAAUACAACUGAGACAUGAGGAAGAGCAUCGACGCCGUGAGGAAGAAAUGAUCCGACACAGAGAACAGGAGGAACUGAGGCGACAACAAGAGGGCUUUAAGCCAAAUUAUAUGGAAAAUAGAGAACAGGAAAUGAGAAUGGGUGAUAUGGGUCCCCGUGGAGCAAUAAACAUGGGAGAUGCAUUUAGCCCAGCACCUGCUGGUAACCAAGGUCCUCCUCCAAUGAUGGGUAUGAAUAUGAACAACAGAGGAACUAUACCUGGCCCACCAAUGGGUCCUGGUCCUGCCAUGGGACCAGAAGGAGCUGCAAAUAUGGGAACUCCAAUGAUGCCAGAUAAUGGAGCAGUGCACAAUGAUAGAUUUCCUCAAGGACCAUCAUCUCAGAUGGGAUCACCUAUGGGGAGUAGAACAGGUUCUGAAACCCCUCAAGCACCAAUGAGUGGUGUAGGUCCUGUUAGUGGUGGUCCUGGUGGUUUUGGUAGAGGAAGCCAAGGGGGCAACUUUGAAGGCCCUAAUAAGCGUCGUAGAUAUUAAACAUUAUUUCAUUCCUGGCUACUAAGAGAAAAAAACCUCAGUGGUAUGCCUUUACACUUUUAUUUGUUACCUGGAAGAAAUGGUUUUAUUGUUAAUGUAUGUAGACUUUAAAGUUUUUUUUUGUAAAACUUGAGGUUUUUGUAUUUUUCUUUAUUCAUACAUAACCUUUGUAGAUUAGAAUGGUAAUGGUGAUGCUCAUCAUUGUGAAUGUUAAAAUGUGUUUGUGACUUUAGCUAAAUAUACAUAUGCCAUAGAACUGUGAAGUCUGUGUAGUUACUUAAUCUCAAUAAAGAAAUCAUUUUGGAUAAUUUACAAAUGUUAUUAGUAGUAUUCUCUCAUAGUUUUACUAAACUUUGCUGUAACAGUAAUACUAUGGUUGCUUUAAUUACUCCCAAUGAUUUAAAAAUGAAAAUGAUUUUCUGCUUUUUAGUUUUUGCAAGUAGCACUGAAGAUGGAAGCUUAGUGAACAAGCUAAUGUCAGUAAGGGGUGGAUAAAAAUAGUACGUUGGGGAGGGAUGUGGGAAUGGGUUUACAUUUGUAUAAAACCAUGAUGUUCUUUCUGUGAAAUCAGAGUUGCUGUCUACAUUUCAUAUAGAUUCUGAAUAUUCAAAUAUUCUGAGAAGGAAUAUUAAGGAUAUCUUUGUCCUGUGCUGAUUUUUUCAAAUAAACCUUUUGAAUCUUGGAAAAAAAAA